AUGUCCUCCAAGCCGGAGCCGAAGGACACCCACCAGCUGAACGGGACUGGUCCCGCCGCCUCAGCCUGCUCUUCGGAGGGCCCCAGCCGAGAGCCCUUGGCUGGGACCUCGGAGUUCCUGGGCCCCGACGGGGCAGAGGUCGAAGUGGUGGUGCCUGAGUCUCGGGCCAACGCCAAGGGCCUCCGGGAGGAGGACGCCCUGCUGGAGAACGGCAGCCAGAGCAACGAAAGUGACGACGUCAGCACGGACCACGGCCCCGCAGCCCCCUCCCCGCUCAAGGAGACCUCCUUUUCCAUUGGGCUGCAGGUGCUGUUCCCCUUCCUCCUGGCUGGCUUCGGGACGGUGGCCGCCGGCAUGGUGCUGGACAUUGUGCAGCACUGGGAAGUAUUCCAGAAGGUGACGGAGGUCUUCAUCCUGGUGCCUGCACUGCUGGGCCUUAAGGGAAACCUGGAAAUGACGCUGGCAUCAAGGCUUUCCACCGCAGCCAACAUCGGGCACAUGGACACACCCACGGAGCUCUGGCGGAUGAUCACCGGGAACAUGGCCCUCAUCCAGGUACAGGCCACAGUGGUGGGCUUCCUGGCGUCCAUCGCCGCCGUGGUCUUCGGCUGGAUCCCUGACGGCCACUUCAGCAUCCCGCAUGCCUUCCUGCUCUGUGCCAGCAGCGUGGCCACGGCCUCCAUCGCCUCCCUGGUCCUGGGCAUGAUCAUGAUUGGAGUCAUCAUUGGCUCUCGCAAGAUUGGCAUCAACCCAGACAAUGUGGCCACGCCCAUUGCUGCCAGCUUGGGUGACCUCAUCACCUUGGCACUGCUCUCAGGCAUCAGCUGGGGACUCUACCUGGAGCAGGGAAUCUGGCAGUACAUCUACCCCCUGGUGUGCACCUUCUUUGUGGCCCUGCUCCCUGUCUGGGUGAUGCUGGCCCGACGGAGCCCGGCUACAAGGGAGGUGCUGUACUCGGGCUGGGAGCCCGUCAUCAUCGCCAUGGCCAUCAGCAGCGUGGGAGGCCUCAUCUUGGACAAGACGGUCUCGGACCCCAACUUUGCAGGGAUGGCUGUCUUCACACCUGUGAUUAAUGGUGUUGGCGGCAAUCUGGUGGCCGUGCAGGCCAGCCGCAUCUCCACCUUCCUCCACAUGAACGGGACGCCAGGGGAGAACUCGGAGCAAGCGCCUCGCCGGUGCCCCAGCCCCUGUACCACCUUCUUCAGCCCUGAUGUGAAUUCUCGCUCGGCCCGCGUGCUCUUCCUCCUCGUGGUCCCGGGACACCUGGUGUUCCUCUACACCAUCAGCUGUAUGCAGGGCGGGCAUACCACCCUCACCCUCAUCUUCAUCAUCUUCUACAUGACAGCUGCUCUGCUCCAGGUGCUGAUCCUGCUCUACAUCGCAGACUGGAUGGUGCACUGGAUGUGGGGCCGCGGCCUGGACCCAGACAACUUCUCCAUCCCGUACCUGACAGCCCUGGGGGACCUUCUCGGCACUGGGCUGCUGGCACUCAGCUUCCAUGUCCUCUGGCUCAUUGGGGACCGAGACACAGAUGUCGGGGACUAG